UCAUGCCGACGGCCUCCGAGCUGAUUCGCCACCACCAUGCGCACCCCCUCGACUUCGAGUCGGUCCGCGAAGUCCCGGACUCGCACGCGUGGCCGGACCUCCACGACCACCCUACCGCCUCCGCGCAGGGGGCGGUCGUCCCCGUCAUCGACCUCUCCGCCACCGCCACCAACGUGCUCGAACAGCUGGCGCGAGCCUGCGAGUCCUGGGGCGCGUUCCAGGUCACCGGCCACGGGGUCCCCCCGGGUCUCCUCCGGCGCGUCGAGGCCGCCGCCCGCGGCGUCUUCGCCCUCCCCACCAACCGGAAGCUCGAGGCGGCGCGCCCCGCCGACGGCGUCUCCGGCUACGGCCGUGCCCGCAUCUCCUGCUUCUUCCCCAAGCUGAUGUGGUCCGAGGGCUUCACCAUCGCCGGCUCCCCGGUCGACCACGCUCGCACGCUCUGGCCCGACGACGACGCCCUCGCCUUCUGUGACGUAAUAGAAGAGUACAAGGAAGAGAUGAAGCAGCUUGCACGGAAAUUGAUGCGGAUGAUGCUCAUGUCAUUGGGCCUGACGGAGGCGGAGGCGGAGGCGGAGACGGAGACGGGCUGGAUCGGGCCGGGCGAUGAGGCCGGCGGCAUGUCGGCCGUGCUACAGUUGAACUCUUACCCGGUGUGCCCCGACCCCGACCGGGCCAUGGGGAUGGCGGCGCACACGGACUCGACCUUACUCACCCUCCUCUUCCAGAGCAACACCAGCGGCCUCCAGGUUUUGCAGGUCGUUGGGGACACUGGUCGGGACCGGGCGGCACGGUGGGUGACGGUGCCGCCGAUGCCCGGCGCGCUCAUCGUGAACGUGGGAGAUUUGUUUCAGAUACUAUCGAACGGACGAUACAGGAGCGUCAUCCACCGGGCCGUCGUCAACCGGACGAGCCACCGUGUGUCGGUGGCGUACAUGUGCGGCCCGCCGGCCGCUUCCAAGGUGGAGCCCAUCGUAAAGCUAGUGGGACCAGGAAGUGGUCCGGUCUACCGGCCCGUGACGUGGCCCGAGUACUUGAGCGUGAAGGGAAAGCUCUUUGACAAGGCGCUCGCGUCGGUAAUGCGUACAGAAGUGUCUUUGGAACACACAUGAUGGGUACACAUGCUUGUUCCUAUGCUAUACCGUAUCUUACCAACCCCAAAGGAGUCGUCCAUCACAGGGUGAGGAAAUAUAUGGUGUGACAACGAAUAUGAUGUAUAAUAUUAUCUUCAACUUUGAUAAUAGUUAUUAUAACAGUUGUAUAUGCUCUUUUGUUGCGUAAAAUAUGGGGCA